AUGCCUAUAGGUUUUCACGUGGUAGUAGGUUUGACUCCCGUAUCAUUCGGUUGGGUUCAACGUUCGGUUGGGUUUUCCCUGUACGUUGUAAUAUGUGGACCUUUGUUUUUUGUGUUGUCCUUGUUGGGAAAUUCCACUCAGUGGUUCUGGUUUUCCAAGUGGCCGGUUAUGGGUGGAUUUUGUACUCUGGUAUUGGUGUUGGUACACGACGUUGCUGUGAUUACGUUUGUGAUGCUUGUGGUGACCAUUGGACUUGUCCCCUGGGUUGGGAACGGCGUUCAGUGCACAUUGGGUAUUCCCCUGUUGUUAAGUUCGGGAAAACCCUGUGACUCGUAA